GGCCACGCCCCCUCCGCGGCCGUAGGGGCUCAGUCCUCAGCCCAGCGAUCCUUAAGUCCAACUUGCUCAGCCCUAGGGGACUCGGGCUUCGUCUCGCCGUCUUUCCAUUCGUCUCUCCACUGGGUGAUCCCAGACUCUCUUCUCCAUGGCGUCGCUUCUGUGCUGUGGGCCCAAACUGGCCGCCUGCGGUAUCGUCCUCAGCGUCUGGGGAGUGAUCAUGUUGAUAAUGCUUGGGAUCUUUUUCAAUGUCCAUUCCGCUGUACUAAUUGAGGACGUCCCCUUCACGGAAAAAGAUUUUGAGAAUGGCCCCAAGAACAUUUACGACCUUUACGAGCAAGUCAGCUACAACUGUUUCAUCGCCGCGGGCUUUUACCUCCUCCUGGGAGGCUUCUCAUUUUGCCAAGUUCGACUCAAUAAGCGCAAGGAAUACAUGGUGCGCUAGAGCAUGGUCGCGUUUUCCCUCUGCAGUCCCUUCCUCUAUUUAAAGACUCCCCGCCCUCACUUUCCUACCCCCAACUCUGGGACCCUCCGCGGGACUGGGGUUCCCUGGCGAGAGACUGAAUCCUUAUUCUCCAAUCUGACACCGACCCCUGGAGGGAAGCUGGGGCCUUGUGCGGUACCACAAUAAAGAGAUACGCUCUCUUAA